CCACCGUCUUAUUUCAUCACCAUAAACGCUUUUUAUUUUCCGUUAUUCCUCUUUCCAAAUUUCCCCAAACAAACGCUAACAAUGGCAACGAAUCCAACCGUCAAAGUUGACGACAUGGACGAACUCAAGCGCGUCUUCACCCGCUUCGACACCAACGGCGACGGCAAGAUCUCUGUCACCGAGCUAGACAGCAUCCUCCGCUCUCUCGGAUCCACCGUCCCCGCCGACGAGCUCCAGCGCGUCAUGGAGGAUCUCGACACCGAUCGCGACGGUUUCAUCAACCUCGCUGAGUUCGCCGCCUUCUGCCGAUCCGGUUCAGCCGACUGCGACGCGUCUGAGCUUCGCGAAGCCUUCAAUCUGUACGAUAAGGAUAAGAACGGACUCAUCUCCGCGACGGAACUCUGUCAGGUGUUGAAUACUCUUGGAAUGAAGUGCUCCGUUGAUGAAUGUCACACUAUGAUCAAAUCCGUUGAUUCUGACGGUGACGGUAACGUUAACUAUGAGGAGUUUAAGAAGAUGAUGAGCAAUAACCGUCCUAGUGGAAAUUGAAAUUGAAAUCAGUAAUUCUAGGCAUUUUGGAUUUUAUGAUUAUGAAUUUAAUACUAACAGAUUUGCGCCCUUAUUAGUAUGGUUAUGGCGUUGUUGAAUCUCUCUUUAGCUCUUGCUAAUUUUGUUCUUGCUUCAUCUUUCUAUAAAUAAUAAUUACCGUUUCAGAUUA